AUGCAAGUUUCGAUCUUGAGGUGGAGCCUGCUGAUGGCCAGCAUCAUGACACUCGGCUCAGUGGAUGCGAUCGUCACGCCCUGCCAACAAAUCGGCGGAUGCACGCGGUACUUCAAUGACCAUCGACUGCUCGAGCUUCCCGUGGGACGAUGCAACACCCAAUACACCUGCACCCAGGGCCAUACCCACUUGUGCACCCAAAAUAGGGAACAAUGGCAUACGCCCGGAACGUGCGGCCACGUCCGUGUGGGCACCCGAUGCACCGCUCCUCAUCAGAAUCAUCAUAAUCCUCAUGCUCAGGUCUUAGAAUAUGUUUAUGUGACGAUAGAAAAACGAUAG